AUGGGCAAACGUGUUUUAAACGUCUUCUUAAUGAAGUUUCUCUUCAUUGACGUUGUCGGCUUCAUUACCGUGUUUGUUUGUACCGUUCCGUCUGUUCACAUGUGCCGGAAUCACCCGAGCGUGGGUUAUUUGCUAAAUCAAGACACAUGUUUUCUUUCUUUUUUCCUUUCUUUAUUUCUUUCUUCUUUCUUUCUUUCUUUUUUCUUUCUUUCUUUCUGUCUUUCUUUCUUUCCUCCUUUCUUUCUUGAAAGAAAGAAAGAAAAGGAGAACGAAAGAACAUUUUUCUUUCUUUCUUUCUUUUCUUUUAUUUUCUCUCUUUCUUUCUUUUUCCUUUCUUUCUUUCUUUCUCUCUUUCUUUCUUUUUUCUUUCUUUAUUUCUUUCUUUCCUCCUUUCUUUUUUCUAAGAAAAAGAAAUUUAGAACGAAAAAAGAAAGGAAGAAAAAAAAAGAAAGAAAAAAAAAAAAAAAAAGAGAAAAACUUUCUUCUUUUUCUUUUUUUUUUCUUCCUUUCUUUCUUUUCGUUCUACUUUUCUUUCUUUCUUUCUUUCUUUUCUUUUAUUUUCUCUCUUUCUUUCUUUUUCCUUUCUUUCUUUCUCUCUUUUUCUUUCUUUCUUUCUUUCUUUCUUUCUUUCUUUCUUUCUUUCUUUUCCAGUCUGUCUCUCUUACUAUCUAUCUAUCUAUCUAUCUAUCUAUCUCAGUCUGUUUUUCUUUCUUUCUCUCUAUCAGUUUCUCUCUAUUUCAAUCUGUUUGUUUAUCUUCCUCUUCUGUCUCUCUUUCCCUCCGUCUCUCUCUCUAUCUAUCUAUCUCAGACUGUUCCCUCCCUCUACCUCUUUCUCCUUCUUUCUCUACCUCUCUCUGCCCCUUUCUUCCUAUCUAUCUAUCUAUCUAUCUAUCUAUCUAUCUAUCUAUGAAUGCAUUUUAUCUCCCUUUCUUUCUCCCUGUCUUUCUUGUUGCUUUCCCUCACCUCUCUCUCUCUUUCUCACACUAUGUAUGCAGGUAUGUAUGUAUUUAUCUAUCUCUGUCUGUUUCUCUUUCUCCCAUCUAUCUCCUUCUUUCUCUUCUCCUUUCGCCCGACACUUCUCUCACUAUUUAUAUAUCUCUUUAUUUUAUCUCUCUCUCUCUUUCUUUCUUUCUUUCUAUCUAUCUAUCUAUCUCAGACCCUCUUUCUAUCUAUCUUAGAAUGUUAUCUAUCUACAUUUUUCUUUCUUUUCUUUCCUCUUCUUUCUCGAUGCCUCUCUCCUCUUCUAUCUAUCUAUCUAUCUAUCUAUCUAUCUCAUUCUGUCCAUAUAUUUCUCUCAUUCAGUUCAUAUGUCUAUCUCCCUAUCUGUCUCCAACAAAACUAGAAGAACGAUGUUUCUAUGAGCAACAGAGUCAAUUGGCUAAAUACGACAUUUACAACUACAAAAGCGCAAAUGAGGCAUCAGUCGCCAUCUUGGAAUUUUUUCUUUCUUUCUUUCCCGGGCAUAUUUUUCUUUUUUUAAUAUUUAUUUUUGUUUUCGUUCCUUUAAGCACUUGA